AUUGUCUUUUUUGCAAAAUAUAAGGUAAAGUUUGUAACUUUUUUACAAAUUUCAAGCAAGUCUCUAAAAUUUUAGAAACUCAAAAGAGAUCUUUGCAAUUUUUUAAAAUCUCACGAGAGUUCUUUGCUCUUAAAAAAAAAAAAAAAUUGUUUUCUCAUAGCAAGACCUUGAAUUUAACGAUAUAUUAACUGCCGUUAACUCUUUUAAAAUUGUCAUGCGCGACAUGUACAAUGUUAAAAAAUUCUUCGGGCCAAAGCUCUCGCCGGAGCAGUCUCCCUUUGCCUCUCGCUCUUCUCUCGCCAACAUCUCCCAUUCUCAGUAGUCCACAGCCGCUGCAGUACGCGUCUCAAUCUCCUUCACUGUUUUCAGCUAAUACUAGCCUUACAUUCUUAUUGAUUUGACCGAAGGCGAUGAUGGACACUCAACUUGUAUCUUUUAACUGGAGCAACUGUUAUAUUAAAUUGAAUGGGAGUCACCAUUUUCAAAUAAUUGGUGUCCCAAAACAAAAACACCGCCACUCUUGUUAUUUCCCAGCAGGUCCAAGUAAGAACAUUAUAAGGUGUUCAAUGAAGUCUUAUAGGCUAUCAGAACUUACUCAUGCUGAGGUGAAUAGCCUGAAGACUCGGCCUCGUAUUGAUUUCUCUUCCAUUUUCAGCUUGGUCCAUCCCAUUGUUGAUGAUGUCUGCCAUAGAGGCGAUGCUGCAGUUAGAGAUUAUACUGCAAGAUUUGACAAAGUUGAUAUGGAUAAGAUUGUUGAGAUUGUUUCUGAACUUCCAGAUCCAGAGCUUGAUGCAUCGACUAAAGAGGCAUUUGAUGUGGCAUAUGACAAUAUCUAUGCAUUUCAUGCAGCUCAGAAUUCAGUUGGGAAAAGUGUUGAGAACAUGAAAGGUGUCAAAUGCAGACGCAUAGCAAGAAGCAUUGCUUCUGUCGGACUUUAUGUUCCUGGAGGGACUGCUGUUUUACCAUCAACUGCUCUGAUGCUUUCAGUUCCUGCCCAGAUUGCUGGGUGUAAAACUGUUGUUCUUGCAACUCCUCCUGGUUUAGAUGGUCGCAUAUGCAAGGAGGUGCUUUAUUGUGCCAAGAAAGCUGGUGUGACUCACAUUUUAAAAGCUGGAGGAGCACAGGCCAUUUCUGCCAUGGCUUGGGGGACGACAUCUUGUCCAAAGGUUGAUAAAAUUUUUGGGCCUGGAAAUCAAUAUGUUACAGCUGCAAAAAUGAUUCUCCAGAACAGUGAAGCGAUGGUUUCAAUUGAUAUGCCUGCUGGACCUUCUGAAGUUCUGGUCAUUGCUGACAAACAUGCCAACCCUGCUCACAUAGCUGCUGAUUUACUUUCCCAGGCUGAGCAUGGUCCUGAUAGUCAGGUCGUACUUGUAAUUGCUGGGGAUGAUGUGGAUUUAAAAGCAAUUGAGGAGGAAAUGAAUGCACAGUGCCAAAGCCUUCCAAGGGGUGAAUAUGCUUCAAAAGCAUUGAGCCACAGUUUCACCGUGUUUGCUCGUGAUAUGGUUGAGGCAGUUUCUUUUUCAAAUUUAUAUGCACCUGAGCACCUGAUUGUUAAUGUGAAGGAUGCAGAAAAGUGGGUGGGUUUAAUCGAGAAUGCAGGUUCUGUGUUUAUUGGGCCGUGGACACCUGAGAGUGUAGGUGAUUAUGCAAGUGGAACAAACCAUGUCCUUCCGACAUAUGGUUAUGCACGGAUGUAUGGUGGGGUAUCCCUGGAUUCCUUCCUGAAGUACAUGACGGUGCAGUCUUUGACAGAGGAAGGUCUGAAAAAUCUUGGCCCAUAUGUAGCAACCAUGGCUGAAGUUGAAGGGCUGGAAGCACACAAAAGAGCAGUAACCCUUAGACUUAAGGACAUUGAAGCAAGACAGCUUCUGAAUGAUGGUUAAAUUAUUACAAAGCACCUCUUUGUCAUUUUGUUGCCAUUUUAUGGCGGGGUGGCCUCUCGUGACAACUCAUAAAUUUAUAUAUGUACCUGGUUACUUCCUCGGAUUUGGGGUUUAAUAAUGCAAUAUAUGUGUGAAAGCACCAGGGCUAAAUGAACCUGCUGUGCCGAGGCUCUUCCCUUUAGCCAUUGAUUGAAAAUUUCAAUCUAUCAUUAAUGAUGAAAAUUAUGUGGCCAA